AUGGAUCGACGAAAACGACGGCCUCCUCGCCGUCAACGGCCGUUGCCCCUGGCGCCUCCAGAACUGGUCAAAACUGCGCAGGGGCUGGCCGAGCGACCACGGAAAUCUCGUUGGGAUAUACAUGCCAAAGGGUACGAGGAAAUAAGCACUGAGCAGCUGAAACUGUCUGGGGAGAUCGCUCCAGGCAGUCCGCUGCCGGAUCAAGUGCCAAAACAGCUUCUUAAGAUUGCCUCGCUACCUGAUUUGGUUCCGGAACAAAGUGUGAGCAUUCGUAAACUACUCUGUGAUGGAGAGGAUGCCGAAGUUCUCUCGUACCUGUCCAAGUUCGGAUCGGUGGAAAAGCAGGGCAACGCAUUUGUAGUGGAGAACGCCAAGUUAGCUGCAAUUGCUUUGGCAACUCCUGGCCCGUUCAAGUUCGGACGGCCCGCAAAUGUGGUAUCGGCAUUGCAGGGCGAUAUUUAUACAAACACAAACACAUGGUACGGGGAUAGCGACACAGCAGCCGAUGAAAUCGUGCAGUUAAAGGGAAGCAAAUUAUUUUUGAGUCCGGCUUCGACAGACGGAUUGACGCCACUUUUUGACAGCCGUUAUGGUCAACCCCCACUAUCUAAACAGCUGGCGAGAAUGGCCAAACAGGCCUGUGAUAAAGCACCGGCCCCGCCGUCUACUGAACUGGUUGUGUUCAACGCCGUUGACCAGACGGCUCCCGAGGGUGCUCAAGCUGUUUGCGGAGAAAUCGAGCAGGCCUGUAAAAAACACGGUGCCGUCGUCGAUAUCCAAUUCGUGUCCCCCAAAGAUGGUCUAUCGUACAUCCAGGUGAGCUUUGCCAGGGCAGAGGACUGCACCAAAGCACUAGACCAGCUAGGCGGGAUAGAAUUUGACGGCAAACCGCUGAUAUGUGCAUAUAAAUAA